UAUUUUAUUUUAUUUUAUUUUUCAGGCUGAACUAGUCCAGGGUCAGACGGAGUGUUUGUCACUCAAAGGGAGGAGUUAUAAAGUUUGAUGGCCACAGGCAGGAAUGACCUCCUGUGGCGUUCUGUACCCUCAGAGAGGUACUGAGGGACGAGGAGGGGUUUAUAAGUGAGGAGGAGUAUUUUCUGUUUGAUUUUGGAUCUCAUCGGGAGCAGGUGGAGGUGAUGUGCGUCUAGGUCUUGGUGCAGGUGAGGACACGUUGGAGCCGGUCUAGGGUUUUACUGGUUACCCCCGUCUGGACUCCAUUGCAUUAAUCCAGACUGGAGGUUCUAAAGACGCACCAUGUCUCCUGAAAUGCCUCUUCUCGUCUCAGAGACGUCCCAGAACGACCAGACGGCGACCAUGGUGGACAUCGACUCCAUCAUGAACAACGUUUCCAUCGUCCUCUACACGCUGACCGUCGUGCUCGGCAUCACGGGGAACUCCAUCGUCAUCUGGGUGGCCGGAUUCAAGCUCAAGCCGAAGGUCACUAACGUGUGGCUGGUGAACUUGGCGAUCGCGGACCUGAUCUUCUGCUUCACGCGCGUCUUCUCCCUCGUGAAGAAGCUCCUCUUCGACCACUGGCCGUACGGCGUCUUCCUCUGCAAGUUCAACGGCUUCUUCAAGUACGCCAACAUGUUCUGCUCCGUCUUCCUGUUGGCUGUGAUCAGUGUGGACCGGGUGCUCUGCGUGUGGAAGCCCGUCCUCACCAAGAGACACCGCACGCUGCGGGCCGCCAGGCUGGUGGCCGUCGGCGUGUGGGUCACCGCCAUCAUCUUCAGCACGCCGUACUUUGUCUACCGCCAGGUGUACCUGGGGAAGAACAACCUGAGUAAAUGCUCGCUGGACGUGAAGGAGGCGGCGCAGGGGGACAACAGCGCCAAGCAGGCUCUCUACUCCAUCCGCUUCCUGUGCGGCUUCCUGUUGCCUUUUAUGGUCAUCCUCGUCUGCUACAUCCUGGCCGGGCUCGGCAUCCGGCGCACCCGCCUGUCGGGGAAGUCCCGCCCCCUGCGUAUACUGGCGUCCUUGGUGGUGGCGUUCUUCCUGUGCUGGGCGCCGUACCACUGCCUCCUGCUGGUGAAGAUGGUGGACAGUAAGAACCCGGUGGUGAAGAUCUGGCACCCCAUUGCGUCCGGCGUCGCCUACUUCAACAGCUGCGUGAACCCGCUGCUGUACUUCUGCAUGGGCGUGGACGUGAGGGGGCGCUUCAGGCAGAGUCUGGCGGGCGUGUUCAAGAGAGCGCUGGAGGACGACGUGGACGGGCAGACGACCCAGCCCAACGAGCGCUCUCUGGACGACAGCGCGGCGGCGGGGAGGAGUCGCACGUCGGUGGACGUAGCCAAAGUUUGAACGUCUGACGGCGUGCCCUGAACACGUGUGAUCUUUCAGGGACAGAAUCUGAAAACGUUUUCACGCUCGACUCGUUGAAGCGGCGAGAGUGGGAGAAUGUGAGUGCAGCUGGUUGUCUGUCUCUGUAUGUCAGCUCUGUGAUUGGCUGGUGAACAGUCCAGGGUGUAACCCCGCCUCUCUCCCAAUGACAGGAAAAGUGGAAUAGAUAACGACCCUGAACUGGUCACCAGUCAAAAUAAGUGAAGUGGUUUGCCUUUCGUGUCAGGUUUCAAAGCACAUCGUAUCUCUAAAAAGCAAAAUCUGCAGGUGGUCUUGGUCUCCCUGACUUAAGGUACGAUUAUUGGGCUGCAAACUCUAGAGCACUGAUGUACUGGAAAGAUGCUUAUCCAGGUAAAGUCACCCCCUCAACCCCUUCAUGGCUGGCAAUUGAACAGGAUCUUUUGAAAACCUCCCUCCCCGCUCUUCUAUUUUCACAAACCAGAUCCCUGCAACUAUUACAGGCAAUAACUUUAUAACCACAAACUCUUUGAGAAUUUGGUAUCAAAUACAGAAAUCAUUGAAAUUACCUGAAACUUCUGCUUAUACACCUGUUUGCUGCAACCGUGCCUUCCCUCCCUCAAUCACUGAUAAUACUUUCAGACUCUGGUGGAAUAAAGGCAUCAUCACCAUUGCAGACCUGUAUGUUAAUAACACUUUUGCCACCUUUCUACAGUUAAAAGAAAAAUAUACACUGCCAGAUACGCAUUUCUACAUCCGCACAAAUAUUUCAAACUUUCAGUCAAUGCCAACCCCAAGUGAACUUUAUAAUCUUAUAAACCAGAGUCCUGACUCGAAACGAAGAUAGCAUGGGAAAAAGAUCUUUGUGUAUCAGUUGGUCACGAGACCUGGGAAACCUACCUUAAAAACAUUUAUAGUUGUUCUAUGAACUCCAGACACCAACUUAUUCAAUUUAAAAUACUUCAUAGGCUUCAUUAUUCCUGCACCAAGUUGCACUCCUUUUAUCCGUCUGUUUCUCCAACCUGUCCAAAGUGUAAAUCAGCUGAGGGCACUCUGGGUCACCUCUUCUGGUCUUGCCCUAAACUAAAUAAGUUCUGGUCAGAUAUUUUUAAUUGCUUCUCUGAAAUGUACAACUUUGACAUUACACCAGAUCCUUUUACAGCCAUUUUUGGCAGAAUUCAACAUUCAUUAAACUUGUCUCACCUACAACAAAAGACGUUACAUUACGGCAUUGCAUUGCGAAGAGGAAUAUUCUGUCUCUGUGGAAGAGUGGAGAUAUACCCUUUUUUAGGACCUGGCUACAAGAAAUGACUAACCUGUUACAUAUGGAGAGGGUCCGAUAUAGUGUCUCUCUCAGCUCUACAGCCUUUGAUAAAAUGUGGCAACCAUUCUUGUCUUACUUAUCAAAGACAACCUAAAGUUUUAUUCUGCUUGUAUACGUUUGUGCAAACAGUUGUCCACACUACUUAUAUGUAUAGAAACCGUAUACUUAUACUGUCCUAGGCCAAUGAGACACACCGUGAUCUCUUAACAGUUACUGAAUUGUAAGAUAUCCUUUAAGUGUCUUUGUUGUUGUUUUGCUUUAUUUUCGCCCUGCCCUAUGUUUCUUAUUUUUCUAAUUCCUCUUUGUCUUAGGGGCUUUUUUUUGUAAUGAUCACGUCUAUGAAUCCUCAUUUAUGAUUUCUAAUCUCACAGUUUGAACUUUAUUUCAUAUUUCUGUUUUUAAGUUGAAAUGUUUCUGUAAUAACUUCUUCUGAUGAUCACUGCGUACGCUGGUCAUGUAAUGGUCGUCACACACGAGAUAAAACAUGAAGCGUGGCCGUCGCUCCGUGUGCAGAAUAAACAUCAGCAUCAUAAACUCAGUUGAGUCUGUUCUGCAUCGAUCACGAGGUCACGUGUUUGUAAUAAACUGUUUAUGAUGAACUCUU